CUGCACCUGUACCAGACAAGCCGUGGAAAAAUCCUGACAAUAUAUUGAUGAUAGAGAUCUGUUUGCUCGGAUAUGUAUUUUUUCUUCGUAUGUAUGGGUAAAUUUGGAUUUAAUUUCCCUAUUUCCAAAGGAUCACCUCCGCAUGCAGGCUGUAACUAUGGACCAUCUGGACGCGCACUGGUUUCCACUCCCUCCAGAACCCAACUCAUCUGGAGCAACUGGCUCAUCCUCCUUCUUUUCGUUCCCUCGCGUUCUCAACAUCUCCUCUAACAUGUCUACGCAGAGUGUUCCCUUUCAGGGCAGCAGCACUGUGCUGACUGCUAUUAUCUCACUUACUGUCUUCAUAGUGGGUCUUACCGGGAACACGCUGGCCAUUUACGUAGUGCUGCGCUACGCCAAGAUGAAGACUGUCACCAACAUCUACAUCCUGAACUUGGCAGUGGCCGAUGAGCUUUACAUCGUCGGGCUGCCUUUCCUCACCACUCAAAAUGUGCUCUCCUACUGGCCCUUUGGCUCCUUCCUCUGUCGUGUAGUAAUGACCGCAGACUCCAUGAAUCAGUUCACAUCCAUAUUCUGCCUAACGGUCAUGUCCAUGGAUCGUUACCUGGCCGUGGUCCAUCCGAUCCGUAGCACCAAAUGGAGACACCCUCGGGUGGCCAAGGUGGUGAGCGCUGCGGUGUGGAUCGUGUCCUUCAUCGUGGUUCUGCCGGUAGUCAUCUUCUCUGAUGUGCAGGACCAGUUCAACUCCUGUAAUAUGAUAUGGCCGGAGCCAAAGGAUGUGUGGUCAACAGCUUUCAUCAUUUACACUGCCACAGUGGGUUUCUUUGGACCACUGCUAAUCAUUUCCCUCUGUUACCUUCUCAUUGUUAUCAAGGUUAAGUCAUCUGGCGCAAGGGUAGGCUUUAUUAAUCGGCGUCGUUCUGAGAGAAAGGUCACACGGAUGGUGGUGGUUAUAGUAGUGGUGUUUGUGCUCUGCUGGCUGCCGUUCUUCAUCAUCAAUAUGGUCAACCUGGUGGUCAUCAUCCCCGAGUCAAGUGCCACCGCUGGGAUCUACUUUUUUGCUGUCAUCCUGUCCUACGCCAACUCCUGUGCAAACCCACUGCUCUACGGCUUUUUAUCAGACAACUUCAAACAAAGCUUCAGAAAGGUGCUCUGUGUUAAGAGCUUGAGGUGUGGUGUCAAUGGUGUUGAUGAUGGUGACCCCAGUGCACCGCGCACAGAGAAAACUACAGCACAGGACUGCAUCUUGCUCUCCCCUCGAAACGAUGCCUACCAUGACCUACAAAGCAGCCAGAUCCUCCCCCAUCCCACUGAUUCUCUUGACCCUCAGACUGCGGCUGACCGGAGCCACACCAUCCCUAAACACCAAGUUUCCUCCACGUUCCCAGGAACAGCCACUACAGCAAUAAACUCCAAUGUAACUUCUGAGACAACUGCCGUGGAACCUCCAACCAUCACAGCCCUUACUACAGCCUCCUCAUUAGCCUCCAUUGCUCCACAGGGACAGUAGUGACUGUGGGUGUAAAGGGCUGGUUAUACUCCUGCAGCAGUGUGUCGCAGUGAGCUUGACACAGAUAUUUUUGAUUUAUGCUCAAUAUUGAAGCGUGGUCUGUGCUAUACGCUGUGGGUCUAGAUACGGCCGGGGUGAUAAGGAAGUGGGGGCGAGUUAAGUCCUACAAUGGAGGGACAUGACGGCGAAAAAUAGCGAGGAUCCAAGUGAAAAAGGGUCCCAGAGUUCCGGCGCAGCUCAAUCUUCUAGUUGGUCAAACUUCAUGAGUUGUUUUCCGCAAUUUCGGUCAUAAAAACAAAACAAGCCGGCCUCCUGUCUGCAGCACUGUCUGCAGUCAGUUACAAUUUGGGAGAGGUGCAGCGGAGUGUCUGCGGAGGGGGCGGGGACGUCUUUUUAUUCACUGCGACACCUACGCAGAGGACCUGGUUUCGAAGUAUAAAUCAGCCUUAAGAGUGCAUCUGUAGAAGAGAAAUAUGCAUGCUCGAGUCACUCAUUAAUGAGUAAUACCUUAAGAAACAUAUUUUACUAAAAUCUGCAUACCUUUUUUAACUGAAUUACAGCAUUUGAGCUCAUUCUUUGAGACUCAAAGAUUUUUGUUUCCCAAAGUCAAACUCUCCAUCAAAAUUCCCCUGACAUAAGUGCCUUUUUGUCAUCUCUCAGAAAUCAUCUCAGCGCUCCUGAACGGAGAGAGAAACAUCCAUUUGAUGCUUCUUGUUCUUUUUUAUUUGUGUAAACAACUCUUAGAGCAAGUAACAAUACUUCCACUUAGUACACUUAACCACCUCUGCAUCAAGAAAAUACAACAAAUACAAUGUAUUUCAUAUACUGUAAUUAGUAACAUGAGUUAAAUUGUCCUAUUUCAUGGUCACCAAUUUCAAAUUUCCUACCAUACAGUUAUGAUUAAUACAGUAUGUAUUCAUCUCUGGCUUCAGAGAUGCAUUUUAAUCUUUCUUUUUUUAAAGAGAAAUUAUGGUGGAAAGCACAACCUUUUGGCUUGAAGAAACAAAAUUAAAUUAAAAUAAAUGUAUACACAAUAUAUACAUUUAUAUAAGAUUAAACAAAUAUCACCUCAGCCACUCAGUUUUUGCAACCAAGCAUGAUGUCCAAGUAUACAUUUUCCUGCAAUGCUGAUGUUUUUUUUUGUUGUUGUUUUUUUAUAGAACUAAUGUAGUUAAUUUAAAUUGGCUGUUUUCCUGCAAGAAAUUACUAUCACAUUCACUGCUUGGAAUGUCCUUCCCACAGUUCUUACACCUACGGCAUUGAAAAUGUACGAGCGAUGCUUAAGUGCCAGAUUUUUGACAGGAAAAUAAAACCAAUUAAAAUAAGCUAGCAUUUCUGAUGGAAACAGUGGCCCAAAAAUUAGUUGACGACUGCUGAAACCUUUCCUGCAAGUACGCACUGAACACUCACCAGCUUUUUCAAUGACAAAUAGCCUUUUUUCCUCAACAACUGUGAAAAAAAAGAGGAACUCAGACUGUACAAUUCAUUAUAAAACCAACUAAAUCCAGCUGGUUGAAGUGUUUACAAUUGUUUUUAUAUUUUUGCCUACUUCCAAUUGCCUCAUGACACUACUUUUCCUUCCUUGUCAAACUUUUCAUUGGCUGUUGACAAGACAUUACUACUGGGUCAGUAAUCCAUUUACACUUUCUGAGUGAACUUGUCAAAUCCAAAGACAUUUAAAUGUGACUGAGUGUGGUUCUGCUCUGUUUCCCUCACACUGUUUUGAUUAUUUGCGACUUUGCCCUUCGCACACUAACAGCUUUUUUGUACCAACCUACUGUACCAUGCCCCGACUAAUCCAGACUCUGUAGACAGACUGUUUCCAGCUUUCUGGAUAAAUUGGGGAUUGUCUAUAUCUAUCUUUAUGAUGCAUGCAUUAUGAAACACACACACACACA